AUGGCCCGUGUGGUCGACUAUUACCCCAGCAGUGACGACGAUCUUGGGAACAUUGGGAGCGGGAGGACCGCGAAUUCGAGAGUAACGCCAACACCUGGGAAGACAAUCUUGUUUCCUAAGACGGAUGACCUUGUCCCCAAAGUGAAAGCGACUCCCUCAAACCGACGCAUUCGCCGCCUUAACGCUGCAAAAUUUGCCCCAGAGAAUCCGUUGUUCAAAUCAUGGACCGGGGAAAAUAGCAGCCCCUUAGAAGCAUCUACCAAAAAAUCAGCUUCUCUCUUGGGACGGCGAACUGUCUCAAGGCCCAAUACAGAAAAGUGUGGUGACGAUGCCGAGUUGAUCGUCCCCAAUUCAGCAACCACCUCGCCGGUUCCAAAGCCUGACAAAGGUGUCCAGGGCCAUAUGGCCCAUCCAUGCGAUGCGACAGAAGCGUUGAAGGAGAAAACCGAGGACCAACUGACGGGUAACGUACGCGAAGCCGAUGCGCAUGACAGCGCAGCCAUGCCCUGCGAGUUUGUGGAGGAUUCGCAACCGCAUGACGCUAUCCUGGAUAAGAGUACCUACAUAGUUGAACGAAUCAUAAGCCACAAAGGCAACGGGAGAAGGCGAAGAUACUUUGUCAAAUGGCAAGACUAUGCUGCGGACGAGAAUUCAUGGGUGACUCGCAAGGAUUUUGUGGACAAAACUUUCCCUCGGCAGUACGACGAACAAUGUAAACGUAGCACAGUAGCUAAUUGA